UACUGCUCCCCCAAUAGUGGCUACUGCUCCCCCAAUAGUGGCUACUGCUCCAGCCCAGGGGAGGGACUGUGGGGUUUCCCAGUACUCCAGGGAAUAUAAUGAGAAUCAUGUGAAUCACAAGGAAACCAGCAGAUCUGUGUCCAAAUGGCCCUCCUGCCUCUCCUCCUGCUGCUCCUGCUACUGCCCAAAGCUGAUUCCAUUCUGGAGGUCACUGCUCCUUCUCCCAAACAUGCUCUCUCUGGAUCUAAAGUUCAUCUCAGAUGCACCUUCUCAGUGGCUAAACCUCCUAUAAACCCACUGUUCCUCGCUGUCCUCUGGUACUUUCAGGAUACGGAAAUCCUUAGAUAUGAUAACAAAGGUUUGUCCAUCAGACCAGGAGUUUCAUUCAGUACAGAGGCAGCAAAUAAUGGGGAUGUGUCUUUGUCUUUGGCCAACGUGACCAUCUCUGAUGGGGGGAUCUACAAGUGCCUGGUCAUAUACAGCCCAGAAAAGAUGGAGAUGAAUGUUUUGUUGGAGAUUUUUGUUCCCCCAGUGAUCUUCAUCCCCAAUAAAGUUAUUCAGAAGAAUAAGAAAAACACUCUCAUCUGCACAGCCAAUGGAUUCUACCCAGAAGAUAUUGAUAUAAGUUGGUAUAAAGACAAUGAGCCCCUCACUAACUCUGAGUUGGGCAAACAAGAGAGGAACCCAGAUGGCACAUACAGAGUGAUGGGCACCGUGACUUUACCCCCAAUGGAUGGGAAGAUGGACCAUAACUUCUCCUGUAGAGUCCAACAUGUCUCUCUCCAGGAGCCUCUCCAAGAAGACUUCAUGCUGGAGUAUGAAGAGGAAAGUCACAGUAUUUCAGUGGCAGUGUUGGGUGUUGUUGUUGGCUUGUUGUUAUUGGGAAUUGGCGCCAUAAUAUGGAAAUGCCAAAAAAGAGCAUCUUUACAGGGUUACACAGUGAGUGAUAUUAAAGGACCAGAGAAGUUGUUGGAUGGAGAAGAGACAACUCUGUACUGUACGGUCAGUAACUGCCCACAGGGGGCCCCACAGGUCACAUGGAUUGAGGAGAGGUCAGGAGACCAGUGGGAGAUACCACAGUGUCAGGACUCAGGGGACCCAGGGGAAGCAGAACAGCUGUUUGGUGACUCCUACUUGAUCACCUGUAGGAAAGAGGGGCUGCAAAGCUACUGCUCCUCCCUGAGAUUUGUACCCCGUGUGGGGAAACACAGAGACGUGACCUUUAUCUGCAGGUUUGUGUGCGCUGGGAAAACUACAGAGAAGAGAUUCCACUGGGCCAAGAUCUCUGCCAAACCAGCACAGGUAUCAGUGGUCCCAUCUCUGUGUGAGUCUGGGGAGAUCCUGUACUCUCUCACCCUGCGGGGAUUCUACCCCAGACAUAUCUCCAUCACAUGGACCUGUGAGGCAGGAGAUUCACAAGGCAGAAUAUUAUCUAGAGAAGAAUAUGAGGAAAAUCCGGAUCUCACAUUCAGUGUGUGCAGUGAGGCCAGAAUUAGUGGGGACAAGUAUAAAGAUCCGGCAUUCCGAGUGGGUGUGACCUGGGAACAUGGAUCCUUGGAUGCACCGGGAUACAGAGAGUUCUCUGUACAGAAUCCAGAUUACCCUUGGGACCCCAUUGUGGAACCAAUACAGGAGACUAAGUUUCUCCAUAACAGCCCAACCAGCCUGCAGUGCAACAUCUCCGAGUAUUUCCCUGAUGCCCUGACAGUGACGUGGCUGAGGAAAGGGGCAGAGAGUGAGGAACUAACAGAAGUGCCCAAUACUCCCCCAUAUAUAAGGUCCAACAAACAGACAGAUAACACCUACAGUUGCACCCCCUGUCUGAUCAUUUACCCCUCACUGAGAGACCAGGGGACAGAAUAUAUCUGCAGGGUGACACAUCCCAGUCUGGUCAGACCCAUAGACACAAGUACUGGCACCAUUAAUGUUAUGGCCAAACCCAUGUUCCUGGACCCAGUGCAAAUGGAUCUUCUCCCUAACGACAGAGUUCAGUUCUCCAUCAUCCUACGGAACUUCUACCCCCGAGAUAUUCACAUCAACUGGAGCCAAGGGGAGAGACAAGACAAAGUAACAGAACAAGAGGAUCUUACUUAUGAUGUUACCAGUGUGUGCAUUGUUCCAGGUGGAAACUUCACAGAUCCCAAGUAUAAAGUCCAUGUGACCUGGAACCAUGUGACUAUGGAAGCCCCUGAAUCCAGGGACCUGUGGGUAACAGAUUUCCCCUGGCGCCCACAGGUAGGAGAGAUCCUGGUUCCUACACUGGGUAAGAAGAAAGUGACACUGAGCUGUAAGAUCUCUGGGUAUUUCCCUGAUGUCCUGACUGUCAGCUGGUUCAGGAUGGAGAAAUCAGACCAAUCAGAGACCUCAUUAACUGACGCCAAAGAUUUCAAGCCCACAUCCUUGAAACAAGAAGACCAGACAUUCACCUGUGACACAAGUUUAAUCUUCACCCCAAACAUGAAGACUGACCAAGGAGCUGAAUUCAUCUGCAGAGUGAGACACCCCAGCCUGGAGCAGUUAAUAGAGAGAAGGACGGGAACAUUAGUGAUACCCGAAUAAUUUCCUGCUCCAAAACUCUGAAUAUAAAGAACUGAUACAGAAACAGAUACAGAAGUUCUGCAGUAUUACUUGUUACUUGAAUAGAAAUAAUAUAUUCCUUUUGAGUUUUCAUUCCUCACAUCCAACUCUAUAGAAUUAAUUUAUUUGUCAUGAUACAAAGGAGUAUAAUCAUAACAAGAUUGGACUUCUGGGAUCUGAGAUACAGACAGACGACAAAGAACACUACUCAGACAGGUCUCAUCUCCGGACUACAGGAACCAAAAAUAUUGACUCAAGUCAGAAAGUGCCCCUUGUUCUAGUCAGUAGCCCAUGGUUGUGCCACUCAGAUCAGAACUAAGACAUUAUUAUAAUAUCUGCCUAAUGAAGGUUAUGGGAACCCAUAUAAGCUAAGGGUACUUUAUAAUUCUUGGCUGUUGGGUUGAUCAAAUUGGCAAACCAUUUCCUGGCUUUUCAAUCAUGUCUGUUUAGAUGGGGAUGUUAUGGGGCCAAUCUGGUGACAUUUGAGUAUGUAAAUAACAAACUCACGGUGACAAUUAAUAAAGUCCCUUAUCUGAUAUU